AUGGUUGUUCCUGAUUGGGUCAGACCCAGUGGAUUUCCUUAUAUGGUGAACACUACCAAGCUGUUCCCUUUGUUAAGAACAAAUGCAGAGCCCAAGGACAAAAGUGCAUUGCCAGAGCCACCCAGUACUGAAGCGGAGUCGCAGGCGUCCUCAGAAACACUUGCCACCUCCACCUUCACCUCUGCAUUCGAAGCUACCUCUCAAGUCGAAGGCACCCUAGAACAGCAGCAGAGAAAUCCCAAAGCGGGGAGACCGAGGCAGUCCCCUGCCCAGGGAGCGAGUUUGAGGCAGAUGGUUGUCACCCACAAGAAAACUCCCCCAGGGAAGAAAGACCAUGAAUGUAAUGAAUGCGGUAAAGCCUCCAUUUAUAACUCACACCUUGCAAUCCACCAGCGGAUCCAUUCUGGAGAGAAGCCCUAUAAAUGCAGUGACUGUGGGAAAACGUUCAACCAGAGCUCAAACCUCAUUCAGCACCAGAGAAUGCACACAGGGGAGAAACCUCACGAAUGUAAGGAGUGCAGGAAGGGGAAGCCCUUGAGGUGGGGUUCUCCUCUUGUUCAGCACCGGAGGAUCCACUCUGGAGAGAAGCCCUGUGAGUGUAAGAAGUGCAGGGAGGCCUUCAACCAGAGCUCCUAUCUCAGUCAGCAUCUGAGGAUUUACAGUGGAGAGAAGCCAUUAGUUUGUAAAGGAUGCGGGAAGGCCUACAGGUGGAGCUCAGAGCUUAUUAGACACCAGAGACUUCAUGCUUGCCAAGAGCCUGGCCAGUCCGUGCAGGGUGAUAGACAGUCUGUGCAGACAAACUUUUGUCUAAUCUUUAGGACUGGAUUCCAUAAAAGCAGUUCAAUAAGUGCUUUGCUUAAGGAUGCUGAUUUCCUCAAUGUAAGCCUCAUUCUCAUCUCCAUAUUACGGUUAAAUAAGGACAGUAAGAGUGAAAAGAGGCCAGGUCAUGUUGAAGCCCCAGUCAAUCUCUUCGUACAAGAGGAAUUGGGAAUUCUUGCAGUUAAGGUCCAGUGUGCAACUAAGGAAUCCAGCCCCACCUUGGAAGCUGCCAGGUUUUUAUGUCCCUUAAAGGCAAGUAAUGUGCUGCUCAUCUGCAGCUCCAGGUUGGAGCUACUGUAUUCCUCCCAGAUGAACAUGCAUCCCAUGGAAAGUGGUCCAAGACUGCUUGUUCUGCUGUUGCAGAGCCACAGUCACUCUCAUAGACCAGGCACUCUCUUAGCAUCAGUAGAAGCCACCUCGUCCACCAGCAUAACUACUGCUCCUCAGACCCUGGAAUCUAGCAGUGGCUGGGAUUCUCCAAUACCAUCCUGUUCCUGGAGCUAG